AUGGCCCUGACCUGCACCUUCAACCGCUGGGGCACGCUGCUGGCCGUGGGCUGCAACGACGGGCGCAUCGUCAUCUGGGACUUCCUCACCAGGGGCAUCGCCAAAAUCAUCAGCGCCCACAUCCACCCCGUCUGCUCGUUAUGCUGGAGUCGAGAUGGUCACAAACUGGUGAGUGCUUCGACUGAUAACAUUGUGUCACAAUGGGAUGUGCUGUCUGGGGACUGCGACCAGAGAUUUCGGUUUCCUUCGCCUAUCUUGAAAGUUCAGUACCACCCUCGAGACCAAAACAGAGUUUUGGUUUGUCCCAUGAAGUCGGCACCAGUGAUGCUAACGCUGUCAGAUUCCAAACAUGUUGUCCUGCCUGUGGAUGAUGAUUCCGAUCUCAACGUUGUGGCCUCCUUUGACAGGCGAGGGGAAUACAUUUAUACGGGCAAUGCCAAGGGGAAGAUCUUGGUCUUAAAAACAGACACUCAGGAUCUUGUUGCUUCCUUCAGAGUGACAACUGGAACCAGCAACACCACAGCUAUUAAAUCAAUUGAAUUUGCUCGGAAAGGAAGCUGCUUUUUAAUAAACACAGCUGACCGGAUAAUCAGGGUGUAUGAUGGCCGUGAAAUUCUAACUUGUGGACGAGAUGGGGAGCCUGAACCGAUGCAGAAGCUGCAGGAUUUAGUGAACAGGACACCGUGGAAGAAGUGCUGUUUCUCUGGUGACGGUGAAUAUAUAGUGGCAGGUUCAGCACGACAGCAUGCCCUGUACAUUUGGGAGAAGAGUAUUGGAAACCUAGUGAAAAUCCUCCACGGGACCAGGGGAGAGCUGCUCUUGGAUGUAGCAUGGCAUCCUGUCCGACCGAUCAUAGCUUCUAUUUCGAGUGGUGUUGUGUCAAUAUGGGCUCAGAAUCAAGUGGAAAACUGGAGUGCCUUUGCGCCUGACUUCAAAGAGCUGGAUGAAAAUGUUGAGUAUGAAGAGAGAGAGUCAGAGUUUGACAUUGAAGAUGAAGAUAAGAGUGAACCAGAACAGACAGGUGCUGAUGCUGCAGAAGAUGAAGAAGUGGAUGUAACCAGUGUGGAUCCCAUUGCUGCCUUCUGUAGCAGCGAUGAAGAACUGGAGGACUCCAAGGCUCUGCUUUACUUACCCAUUGCUCCUGAAGUGGAAGAUCCAGAAGAAAACCCUUAUGGACCUCCACCAGAUGCGGUUCAGAGUUCUUUAACUGAUGAGGGAAUAGGUUCUGAGAAGAAGAGGCAGUCCUCCUCUGAUGGACCUCAGGCACCAAAGAAGAAGCCCAAAACCACCAACAUUGAACUACAAGGAGUACCUAAUGACGAAGUCCAUCCGCUGCUGGGUGUGAAGGGAGAUGGUAAAUCCAAGAAGAAGCAAGCAGGCAGGCCUAAAGGAUCAAAAGGUAAAGACAAAGAUUCUCCAUUUAAACCGAAACUCUACAAAGGGGACAGAGGUGCUUUACCUCUGGAAGGAGCAGCGAAGGGUAAAGUGCAGGCGGAGCUGGGACAGCCUUUGACAGGUGGGGCAAUCUCAGAAUUGUUGUGA